CAUUGUCGUUCACUGUAUCUUUUUUUUUUCGUUCAUUAUUCACUCUCUUCUAUUCUCUACAACAUUUGAACCAUGGCUUCGACAGACCUCCCCUCUGCUGCUCCGGACAGCGACAUCAUUGCUGUCUUGCAACGGUCAGAGCCGUUGACGGUGCCCCCAACACGGCCAAACGACCCGACCAACAACCUGAAGCGCGUGGACCCGUUCCAGUUUGGCUCUCGCUAUCUAGAACAAGGCGACGACGUGUUCGAGUACAAUGCAUGGGACCAUGUCGAACCGGACGACGAGUACCUAGCGUUUGCAGAGGUGCAGUACGCCCGCCAGCGCGAGUUCCCCGUCAACGACUUCGACCGGCAGCGCUUCAACAAUGACCCAGCCAAGUGGUGGAACCUGUUCUACAAAAACAACACGGCCAAUUUCUUCAAGAACCGCAAGUGGCUGCAGCAGGAGUUCCCAGUGCUGGCCGAGGUCACGAACCGGGGAGCAGGGCCUAAGGUCGUGCUGGAGGUUGGCGCCGGCGCGGGCAACACGGCGUUCCCCUUGCUGGCCAACAAUGAGAACCCCGAGCUACGCCUGCAUGCCUGCGAUUUCUCCAAGGAGGCAGUGAAGGUGAUGCGCGCGAGCAAACACUACGGCUCUGAAAUCAUGACGGCGGAUGUGUGGGAUGUGGCGGCCGAGGGGGACGAUUGGAUGCCGCCGGGUCUCACCGAGGGUACUGUGGAUGUCGUGGUGCUGAUUUUCAUUUUCUCCGCCCUGGCGCCGAAUCAGUGGAACACCGCGCUGCGCAAUAUCUAUCGUUUGCUCAAGCCGGGCGGGAAGAUUCUCUUCCGCGACUACGGACGGGGAGAUCUCGCGCAGGUGCGCUUCAAGAAGAACCGGCUGAUGGCCGAUAAUUUCUACGUCCGGGGUGAUGGGACGCGCGUUUACUUCUUUGACAAGGAGGAGCUAGUCUACAUGUUCAACAAGUGGACCCUGGAGAAGGGCAUCGAGAUCGGCGGCGGCGGCAGCAGCGAGGCCUCGACCCCUGCCCCUGAUGAAGGAACCCCUGAAGGAUCGUCGGGUGGUCCCUCGGAUGCUGCAGGGCAGACGCAAGAUGCAAAUGGUGCCUUUGAGAUUGUUGAUCUUGGGAUCGACCGAAGACUGAUCGUCAACCGCCAGCGUCGGAUCAAGAUGUACCGCUGCUGGAUGCAGGGGCAUUUCAGGAAGCGCAUUGAUGCUGAGGCUGAAUCAUAAACUCUCUCCUGACGACGGAAAAAGCAGACGACUCACAGGCACAUUGAUGUAUAUUACGUGUCACCCUCACCGCAGCCGGGUACUUUGUUAUCCUCUACAGCGGCUCCAGCGCCUCUUACAAAGUAACGCCAGUCGGCUUCUAUCAUGAGGUUGGCUAACGACUUCCGUCGAGGGUAUCGAGGUGAUAGUGCAACUGCAGACCUUGACGAGCCAACGAACCAAUGAUUUCUCGCAAUGGAUAACGAAGAGAAGACCUGCACUUAUACAUAUAGACGUGACGACAAGCAUGAUUUACAUAGAUACAAUAUCCACAGUGAAAUAAUAAAUGGAAUGACACCUAUCUUGAGAAUACAAUUUAGGAUCGAGAUCCGGCAACAGUCUAUUCG